AUGCCUCCAAAGGAAGAAGGUCAUCAACACCAGGCUGGUAACUCGACAGAUCGGGAUAUCGAUCAGUGGAAAAAGAGGGAGCCAUAUCGGAUACAUGACAAUGCGGAUGACUUCGACGUGAAAUGGGAGGGCCAAUGCCACUGUGGGAAAGUGCAGUAUCAGCUUAGCCGGGACAAACCUCUAGCUGCCAAAUACUGUCACUGCACGACGUGCCAGAGACUGCAUGGUGCACCAUUCCAAUGGGCAGCCAUCUUCCACAAGAGCGACAUCAACUUUACCAACGGCCACCAUGACCUGGGCUGGUACGACCCCACCAACAAGGACACAUCACACCAUCUCCCAUGCAAAGUGUCGUGCAGUUACUGUCGCUCACCGAUCAUGGACGAAGGCCGCAACAUGAUCCUCCUGUUCCCGCCCUUGGUCAAGAAUAUCAACACCAAGGAAGGCAGGGAGGCGUUUAAACCUACGUGCCACAUGUUCUACACUCAGAGAGUGGCCGAGUUCCGUGGCGAUGGAGUUGUCAAGUGGAAGGGCCUGGAUAAUCAGAGUGACAUGAUUGAUGACGAUGAGAAUGUUCUUGUCAAGUAUGAGGAGGGCAUGAAGGAUAAGGACAUGGAUCAGAAGAAGCGGAAGCAUGUUGACUUGGGAGAGGAUGAUGAGGUCAAGGGUGAGAAGAACGGGUCGAAAUGA